CAUCACCAGCAAGCAAAUCAAGCAGAUCAGCAUCCUCAGCAUCCUAAGCUCACGCUUUCCGCACUCUCAGCCUUCACAAUGCAGUUCACCACACUCACCACCCUCGUCUUCGCCGCCACAGCGAUGGCCAAGAUUCACACCUACUGCCGCUGCAAUAUCGACGGUAAAGACAACCAGGCUCUGGACAAGGACGCCUGCGAUGCAUGGUCAUCGGUCUUCCCAAACAGCUUUUGGGAUCCAAAGUUCACUGCUUGCGUUGACUAUCACCCGCACGGCGGCAUCGAUGGCCAACCAGGGGAAAACCAGUGUAUUGUAACUGGUACCAAAGCACCAUACAACCUUGUCGCUGGUGCUAUUCGCGGUAGUUGCUGGUCUUAAAGGAGAAAAUGGGAUUUGGAAGUGCGGAGGAGAGAGGCUGUGUGAUCUGAGACCCCCUUCAACAUAUGUUACUCGCACCAGUAGCCAGAAUUUCAGCCUGCUCCUUCUAAUCAUGCUCUCGAUGAGGCCAAUCUCCGCCUACAAAUCAUUUCACAGGACUCCUUAUACUCUCAAACAACCUCUUAGCAAG